GAGAGAGAGAAUUAGAAACAAAAUAGUAGAGUGUUAGGACAUGGUGGAAAUCAACAGACAUCAGAAGACAGAUAAACCCAUAAACAGACAAACAAACCAAUAAUCCAAUCAUCCAGCAUCGUUGUCACUCCGGCGUCCGCGUGUAAGACCUCCCUUUAGCUCCACAGACGAGCGCUGUUCAUGUUUAUAGAAGAAAAAAAAGGGAAAAGCAGCCGAAUUGGGGUUUCAGCGAUGACCAAUUAGUACUUUAGAACAAAAAGUAAAAUAUCAAAGGAAUCGAAUGUAUUGUGGUCAGCUGCCUCCGCCAGCUAGCCUAGUGCGAAAAAGUCUCCCCAGCCACUUCACAGCCUCUCCGUCAUCGAGACUUCUGCAGUGCCUCCUCUUGGCCACCCAGGGAAACUGGGCACCUUGCAGUCCCAGGCUGAACUGUGGGGGAUCUCGGAGCAGCAGGAGGCCCCAGAGAAUACCCUAAAUAUUCUUCAGCAUGUAUGGGAGACGUGAAGGAAGAGGAGGCUACCGUGAUGGUGGUGGAGAUGGUGGUGGUUGGAGAGGAGAAGGUGGUGGAGGAUGGGGAGGAGGUCGAGGAAGAGGAAGAGGAGGAGGAGGCAGAGGAAGGGGAGGUGGGGGGGGAGGAAGAGGCCGAGGGGAACGACCUCCACCUCAUUUAAAAGGCAGAGAAAUAGGCUUGUGGUAUGCUCAGCGCUCAAAGGAUCGCCAAGAAAAAGAUGUGAAUCUUUUACCCACAUUGUCCAUGGAUGCUAGUCAAGUACGGAAUGUUGGACGAAUGCUUGACUCCCUUGAUGAAAAAGAUUACUCUAGCAGAGAUGCAAAGAGACCAGAGUAUAGGGCUGGUGCAAGUUACCAGCCUGAGCCAGAUGAUGAUCUCAGUGAUGAGUGGGACAAACGUAUAUCAUCUAUUGUGAAGAAGGAAUUUAAAGAUGAUGACAGCACUGAUGUUGCUGGUAGCAGCUCAGGAGGUGCAGAUUCCUUCUCAAAUCCAGAUGCUUGGAUUCAAGACAACACUCAGAAACGUAAGAUUUCCGCAGGUGUGUUUCAGACCUAAUAGAGAC